GUAAGAACAUUGCUAGAUAGAAUGACUCAUUGCGAUGAACCGUGUCUCUGCAUUUAAUGAGCAGGCUGGACUAUAUAUUCAAAGCUGAUACAGAUAAACUACAAAGAGUUUCUUCCACAUUUAUUAUUCUUUGAAAAGAGUUAAAAAGUGGGAAACAAAAAAUGGGCUCUGAAACCACUCUUCGCCUCCCAGCCAUAGAUUUCUCCUGCAAAGAUUUAACGCCAAGGACUCCUGUAUGGGAGACAGUGAGAUCCCAAGUCCGGGAAGCAGCUGAGGAGUUUGGUUGCUUUGAGGCUUUGUUCAAAAAUAUUCCUCAGGAGCUGCGGAAGGCAAUGGAUGGAGCACUGGAAGAGAUUUUUGCAUUACCUUUAGAAAUCAAGAAACGUAAUGUUUCUGAAAAACCGUUCCAUGGUUAUAUUGGAUCAUCUUCCCCGGGGUCACUAUAUGAGAGCAUGGGCUUUGAUAACCCAGAAGACCAUAAAGAGGUCGAAAGAUUCACCAAGAUCAUGUGGCCCGAAGGAAAUACAAAUUUCAGCAAAACGGUGCAUUGGUUCUCGAAGAUAUUAUCAGAAUUAGAUCAAACAAUAAGGAGGAUGAUUGUGGAGAGCUUUGGUAUAGAGAAAUAUUUGGAAGAACACAUGAACUCGACGUACAAUUUUCUCAGGGUCACCAAAUAUGAAGCACCCAAAACCACUGAGAAAAAGACAGGGCUAAGGGCUCACACAGAUAAGAACACAACUAGCAUACUGUACCAAAGUCAGAUUGAUGGGUUGGAGGUGCAAACCAGAGAUGGUGAAUGGGUCAAUGUGAAAUUCUCACCUCACUCUUUCAUAGUCAUCAUUGGGGAAUCUCUCAAUGCAUGGACUAAUGGUCGACUGCACAGUCCAUAUCAUCGAGUUAUGAUGAGUGGAGACCAGAAAAGGUACUCUGCUGUAUUGUUUACCGUCCCCAGGGAAGGCUACAUAAUAAAAGCAGCAGAAGAGCUACUGGAUGAAGAACACCCCUUGCAAUUUAGGCCUUUUGAAUAUCCUGAGUAUCUUAAACUCCGUUUUGCAGAUACUGGUAAAAGUUAUGAAUUACCUUUAAAGGAUUAUUUCGGUGCCUGACCAUGUAAGGCAUGAUUGGAGGAUUGAUGACUAUUUGCUUCUCUGUUGUGAACUUGCAAUUCAAUAAAGGCAAAUUAUUAGGUGCACACGCGG